UCAAAACCCAGCACAUCUUAUGGUUUGAUUUGAUGAAAUGAAAACAAGCUUUGAGUUUUGCUUCGCUGCUGGCUGUUAGCUGUUAACUAAUUGACCUAAAUUGUUUGAUUGAAUUAUUUUAUCUUCGAUUAUCAACAAUUAAAGUCACUGGUGUCCAAACUUGUUUCCAAAUUAAUCCUAAAUCUAGAAAUUCAUCUAUUUUAAUUUAUAAUUCUAUUGUUGCUGUCUAAUCCAAAGAUCUUAAUUAUAAUCUUUAUUUGUUCAAUUCUAUUUGUUUAAUGUGGUUCAACUUAAAGGUUAUCUAAUUUUCAGUGUGUUCUCAAAUCAUCUGUAAGCCUAUCAUCGUUAACUGAAAUAACUUCAUUAGUUGAAAUAUAAUCGCAACCAUGGCUUUGGCUGGGUUAAAGAAACAAAUCAAUAAAGCUAAUCAGUAUGUUAGUGAAAAAAUGGGUGCCGUUGAGGGCACAAAAUUCACUGACGAGUACCACGAAAUGGAAAAGAAAACUGAUGCGACGGUUGAGCUAGUAGAUGAAAUGAUCUCUAAAACUAAGGAGUAUCUCCAACCUAAUCCUGCCACUAGAGCCAAACUCACGGUUACCUCAAAGGUACAGUCCUCGAAAGGACAUGCAUACAAUCAACCAGAAGGGAUCCUUGGAGAGUCUAUGAUUAAAUAUGGGCGUAAACUAGGAGAGGAUAAUAGUUUUGGCCAAAGUCUUAUUGAGAUGGGUGAAGCUUUACGACAAAUGUCUGAAGUCAAAUUUGCUUUGGAAGACAAUGUUAAACAAAAUUUCUUAGAACCUUUAACGCACCUUCAAACAAAAGAUAUUAGAGAUGUAAUGCAUCAUCGUAAAAAAUUAGAGAGUCGCCGUUUGGAUUUUGAUGGUAAAAAGAGGAAAAAGCGAUCAGGUGGACAUGUUACGGAAGAAGAGGUCAAAACUUCGGAAGAGAAAUUCGAAGAAUCGUUCAAUCUUGCAUCAAUGGGAAUGCACAAUCUACUACAGAAUGAACCUGAGCAAAUCUCUCAAUUGGUGGCAUUAUCCGAAGCACUCUUUGAAUAUCAUUCCCAGUGUGCUUCAAUCUUGGAAAGUUUAUCAUCUCGGCUUGCAGAUCAGAAACGGAUUUCCGCUGAACAACCAAUUAAACCUUAUGUGCCGAAAAAAAUUGAGGAAGUUCUGCCUCCACAUCAUGAUGAUCUUACUCCUGUAGGAGAAACGCCAGGGCACACCAAUGCACAAGUUUCUCCUGCGCGAUCUCCUGCCACAUCACCAACGAAACCGUCUUCGCUUUUGUUGACCAGCCCAGCUAACGGAGUUUCCUCUAAAUCUCCUAACGCAUCUCCUUUACCAUCACCUGUUCGUUCUCCAGCUCGAUCUCCGGUCAACCGAGGCCCUUGCUGUCAAGCUUUGUAUGAUUUUGAUGCUGAAAAUCCAAGGGAACUGGAAUUCAAAGAAGGUGAUAUCAUCCAAUUGAACCAAAAGCUCGAUGACAACUGGUUUGAAGGAACGAUAAAUGGAAAAACGGGAAUCUUUCCAAUUAGUUAUGUCCAAGUUUUGGUACCGAUUGGACAACAAUGACACUUUCGAUCAUUAUGAUGUUAGUUUUGAAAUUAAUGUUACGCCGAUGAAAUCAUAUUAUUCGAAUUUAGUCCUUGAUAUUUAAUUGUUUGUUUUGCCUGCGAAAAUUUGCGUUUUUUCCUUCGGAUACGAGAUGACUUUAUAAAGACUACAAACAAAAACAACCAACAAAACCAAAAAAAGAUGCUUUGUCAAUAACCUGUAUACAAAAAAACCACAUCGAGUGACAAUUUUAUUUGAUGGAGACAAAUCCUAUUCUCGUUUUUAAACCAAUAAAGCAAUGCAGAGGAGAGAUUCAAUCACAUUCAUCAAACCCUAUUGUACAUAUGGAAGGAAACUAUCAAUUUAAUCAACAUCAACCAAUUGAUCCAUACCCUUCAUGUUAUGGAGCCUUUUUCAAUUUGGAGUGCUCAUUUUGUUCUCGUUUAUUUCUUCUUCUUUACAUCUAUUAAUAUUCACUAUCAUUGUAAUAUUUAUUGAUCUCUUCCUCUCUUCUCGUCAUCUUAUUCUCUUCACUAUUGUACUAUCAUGAGUACAUCUAUGGAUAAAAUCUGUAUGGAAAGACUUAAUUUUUAUAGGAUGAAUCUAAUAUCUCUCAAUCUUUCCCCAAAGAUUAUCUAUUUUAGUGGGUCAACUUUCUGUUCACAAUGAGAUUUGUUUGACAAAUGUGAUUUUUCUGGUCAAAUCUUCGAUAAAGACUUUCAUUGUUUUUUCGGCUUGAACACUCGCUUUCAUCACUAAAACACUUUGCAUGAUAACCAUAGAUGCACUCAACAAGAGAUCAUUGAUUCUUAUGCCAAUUCUUAUUUCUGUCAAUUACCUCGUAAUACCUUCUGAAAAAUAGAAACACUAAUGUUGUCUUGUUUCUGUAUUUUAAUUUCACUCUAAUAUUAUAUUAUAUUUUGCUCCUUAUCCACCCAAUCAACCCAUCGAGUGCUGCUAAGUCAAUAGUCGCUGGUCAAACAUGAAAAUUUGUUUUCCUUUUUCUCAUUAACUGUGGAAAUUAACUCUUCUCGUUCUAUGAAUGCUGCAAAUCCCAAUAUAUUUCAAUUUACUAUCAGCUAACGACGUAACUUCUCCAAACUGUUUACCUCUUAAUCUUCACAUCUUCCUGUGUAUCUCAAUAUUAUCAUCGUCAUCAUCAUCUUAUACUCUUCUUCCUCUCUUUCGACACAAUGUUUGUGGGACAAUAUUUUUCUUUGUUUGAUUGAAAAUCAGCUCAGAGCUAUAAAUCGCCUAAAAUACUUGAAAAAAGCUAUAAAAAAGUGAAAUCACAGAUAUCAUGUUGUAUUACAUUUUAUUGUAAUCUUGACAAUAUUUUGAGAGUAUCUUUUCACAUUGCAAUAUUCAAAUGUUUAUAAAACAAUUAAGUGAUUAGUUAAUCAUUUGAACAUAUUUUGUGCAACUAAAUGUAUUUCUUCAUCUUUCAAUUUUAUCCUUACAAAAGGACAAAAAAACGAAUGAAAAACCAGAAAUUGUAAUAUUCAAAUAUUUCCCUUGUUUUGUGAUUUUUGCUCCGUUCUUCAUUUCAGCUAUUAAAACAUAUUUAAUUUAGUUAA